AUGCUUCGUCUCUACACUAGUAAUUGUGCCAGCAAGAUCAAAACCGCUAUCGAGACGGCAGCCCGUGUCCAAUCGACGGCGGCGGGAGCCACUGGCCACAAAUUCCAAACAAAAGAAGAGAAAAAAGAUGGCACGACUUACGUUUCUAUGGAAAAAGUCUCAGACUCCCGUGGUGCACGAAAAGAUGACGAAUUGUGCUCUUUAUGCACAUGUAAUGUACCCGUUAAACUCAGCUAUAAAGACGUCCUGAUUUUGGAGCAGUUCAUGCGGAAUGAUGGAACAGUCUUGCCACGUCAACUAACUGGUCUUUGCAAAAAGCAACAAUUGAGAGUGGAGAGAUGUGUUAUGCAAGCGUUUUGGUCGGGUCUUUUCGGUGAGAAAUAUGGAAAUGAAGCAGAUCGAGCUGGUUAUAAACGAUUCAACCGGUACUGGAAAGAUGAUAUGUCGAUGUACAAGUUGGAAACGAAAGAGAGACAUGGCACGUGGUUUUAUAUCAAACGAUACCCGACGAAAAACCAGCCGCUUUUCAAAAAUCCACUGAAUUAG